GUGGUAUCGCAAGCGUUCAGCGUUUUACGUAUUAAUUUCUUAUUCUCGUUUGAAAGUUAGAAAAUUAAUAAAAUACUUGACGCAGAUAAAGAUAUGCCGCACUCGUUCUAACAUUAUUUCUACUAUAUUAAUGCUCCUAUCUUACAGCAAGCUGUUUCUAAGUACCGAUAUAUCUUUUAUACAUGUAUAGAAGAUGAGAGAGAGAGAGAGCAGAGAUAUUUAAUUUUAAAACUAUUCAGUGUUCAGUAAUUGAGAUAGCAUGGAAUGGCAAACGGAAGGCAUCUGUCCGAUCUGUAAUCAACGUGCAACGCUGAAAUGUAACGGUUGCAAGCAGCAAUUUUAUUGCAAAAAGGAACAUCAGCGACAGGACUGGCCUAGACACAGGUCAAAUUGUCAAGCAUGGGAGAUUCGCGAGAGCUGCGAACUCGGACGGUAUUUAGUGGCAUCGAGAGAUUUAAAUCCGGGCGACGUAAUCCUAUCGGAGUCACCUUUGGUAUGGGGACCGGCAUUACAUUCAGAUCAAAGAGUUUGCGUUGGUUGCGGGAAACAAUGCAAUAGUAGCGAUACAAGAUGCACGAAAUGCCUUUGGCCGGCGUGCGAUACAUAUUGUUCUGGCCUUACUGAUAAAAAUAGGCACGGUCUGGAAUGUUCUUUUCUUAUAAAAGCAAGAAUCGUUCCUAGGUGCGACGUUCUCUUAGUAAUACGUAUGUUAAUAUUAUGGCGCAAGAAAUUGAAAUAUUGGUAUUCUAUAGAAAAGUUACAAAGUCACCAAGAUUCUCGUGGUCAAGGAACGAACGCAUAUGAGGAAACGAUGAACAUAUAUCAGCAUAUCGAACGUCUUUUACCAGACAAUCCCUCCAGCAAAGAUAUCGUGCACAAAAUUUGUGGCUUAAUAGACGUUAACGCGUUGGAAACUAUACCACCUGAGGGCUGCGUUGCCAUUUAUGAAACAGCGUGUCUUUUGGAGCAUUCCUGUUUGGCUAAUACGAGACACAGCUUCAAAAUCGACGACAAGGGUAGACCUCGAAUCACGGUGAUUGCUGUUUGUUCUAUACAAAAGUGGGACCAUUUAAGCACAAUGUAUACACACGCACUUUGGUCAACGAGGGCGCGAAGAGCUCAUCUUUCGGAGACGAAAUAUUUUUCUUGCCAUUGCAAGCGAUGCGCCGAUCCAACAGAAUUGGGCACGCACCUUGGAACCUUAAAAUGUCCUCACGACAACGAUUUUAUUUUACCUAAGGACCCAUUAAACUUUGAUUCGCAAUGGGGAUGUAAUUCGUGUCCUGGAACUUUGACUGCGUCGGAAGUGAUGCAGUUUGUUGGAAAAUUGGAAGAGGAUGUUGAUGAAAUUAUGUAUCAAGCAAACAAGAAUAAAUUGGUUGAUCUUCUGUCACGGCUCACUACGUUAUUGCAUCCUGGACAUCAAUUGUGUACAAGUGUCAGUCAUUCAUUGAUUCAGCUAUUGCCUGCAAGCGAUCCGAAAAAACCUGAAUUAUGCAAACGUAUCAUAAAAACCACCAAAACAUUGGAUCCUUAUGGUGCAAGAUUAGCAUUGUACACUGCAGUCGCAUUGAGAGAAUUGUCUACUUGUCCAGGAGAAGAUAGAGAAGGCCUUUUGUCAGAAGCAAUAUCGUUAUUGCAAUUUGAACCAGAGAAUUCGCCUGGUGAAAAGCUUCGAACGUUAAUGGAAUCUGAGUUACGAUAAGAUUCUAUUAGAUUUAACAUUUAAUGAAAUAAUCGUAAUAAAAAUUAAAUUAUAAAAAUUGUUCAUAUCCUGUAUUAUAUUUAGUAAUGUGCAUCUAGAAAAUGAAUUUAUGCUGAAAUGAAAAAGCAAUAUGAAAAAUGUUUCCCCUCGCAUGAUCUUACGCCAUAAUAGCUACGUAACGUGACACAUCGUCCGUAUCGAACGACAAAAUGGUUAUUUCCAAUUAUACGGUCAACGAUAUUGUUAAUGCUAGUGUUUGUCGUUGCAGAAGAAUUAAGUAGUGAAAACCUGUCUCACGCUGGAGAGGAAAAGUAGAAGUUCCAGGUAAACGUUAUUAUAAACGUUAUUGGAUUACGGUAGCAUGUAAAUCUAGACUAGAUUUAGCCUCGAGAUGGAGUAACAUUGCUUUAUAACAAGAAUAGUGUCUUUUUUCUUUUUCUUUUUUUUUUUCUUUUUUUCUCUUUUUAUAGCAAAGCGAUUAUCGAACAUUAAUUUACUUAUACUAGACAUUGAUAAAUACAUAUCAUUCUAUCGGAGUAAUCUUUAAAUGAAAUAGCGACAGGUAAAUUUUGUUCGUAACAACGAAUAGAUUUGAGUGAAAAUAGAUUCGUGCGUGUACUGGGAAUUUAAAGAGUUGAUGAAUUUUAAAUGUUGGCUAUUUAAACGAUUCAUUAACGAACUUUGUUCAAACUAGGAGAACUAACACUAGUAAUUCGCACCACGGUUUUCAAAAAUAGAAAUAUCUCUUUGUUAUCAUACAUAAUAUUCGCUUAGGAUAUGUAUAUUCUUAGGAUUGUAUUCUCAAUAAUUUCUGUUUGUAUAUUCUGACCGAUAAUUUAAAUCGGACAUUGUCUGUAAAAUAAAAUGAAGCACGUUUUAAGUAA